UCCCCCCAGCCUUCCCGUGGUCCCCCAGCCUUCCAGUGUAUUGACAUCAAGCUGACUGAUCUGUGUUGUGUUCUUGUUCCUCAGGUGUGGAAGGAGACCCAGAGGCCCAGGCCAUGGCAGGACAAUACCCCAGCCCAGAGCUUUACAUGCAGGGGGAGGAUGGGGACCAGGGCUGGGUGUCCUGGGCCUGGUCCUUCGUCCCAGCCAUCGUGGGAGCUGAGGAUGAGGAGGGAGAGGAAGGCUUCUACCAGCAGGGGGAGGAGGGAGGCCGCUCCAGCCCUCUGCAGAACCCACAUAAAGACCCUAUUGUAUCCAUAGGCUUCUACUGCACCAAGGCCUCUGUCACGUUCAAGUUGACAGAGAUGCAGGCGGAGAGCAGUUACUACAGUCCACAGAAGAUGAAGAGCAGGGAGGGGCUCUGUCUGGAGCAGGAGGGCAUCACCAUGGAGGUGCUGAUGAUGGGGGAACCCUUCUUCGACUGUCAGAUCGGCAUCGUGGGCGUCCGGGCGCUCUGCCUGAAAGGCAUCAUGGGAGUGCGGGACUUUGAGGAGAACUUGAACAGACGGGAGGAGGAUGCAGUGUUCUUCAGCUGUGGAGAGAGUCUGAGCGGUAGAGGAAUGACCUACCUGACCAACUCCCUGUUCGACUACCGCUCCCCAGAGAACAACGGGGUCAGAGCAGAGUUCAUCCUGGAUGCCACCAAUCACAAGGAGACCUACACAGAGAUAUCAGGCAUGCAGCGCUUUGGGGCCUUUUACAUGGAUUACCUCUACACAGUGGAGACCAGCAGCACCAAGGGUAUCAUUCCUCAGACCUCCACACACAGCCUCUCUCUCUCUCGCUCUCUCUGUCUCUGUCUUUGUCUCUCUCUGUCUCUCUCUGUCUCUCUCUCUGUCUCUCUCUCUCUCUCUCUCUCUGUCUCUCUCUCUGUCUCUCUGUCUGUCUCUCUCUCUCUCUGUCUCUCUCUCUCUCUCUCUCUCUCUGUCUCUCUCUCUCUCUCUCUCUCUGUCUCUCUCUCUGUCUCUGUCUCUCUCCCUCUGUCUCUCUCUCUGUCUGUCUCUCUCUCUCUCUCUCUCUCUCUGUCUCUCUGUCUGUCUCUCUCUCUGUCUCUCUCUCUGUCUCUCUCUCUGUCUGUCUCUCUCUCUCUCCGUCUCUCUCCCUCUCCCUCUGUCUCUCUCUCUCUCUCUCUGUCUCUCUCUCUCUCUGUCUCUCUCUCUCUCUCUCACCCAUCCUCAUCUGGAGGGGAUCUGUCUCUGUGUUUAGUAUGGUCUGACACAUAUUAAUCUUUCUCUCUCUGUGAGGUUUGUUCCUCCUGUCCUCCUUGUAUCUUACCUGUAGCUCCUCAGACAGUAAAUACUCUCUGUGAAACAGCUAAUUACAUGUCACUCUGACUGACUGAGGCUUUCACAUUCUUCUGAUUCUUCUUCUCUCAGUGAAAGGACUGUUUAUUCAGUCUAAUAGAUCUAAUAGAUAGAAAAUAUAUUCUUUAAAAGUCAACCAAGUGAUCUCACGUUAAACAGCAAGUUGGAUUGGACAUGAUUGAGCUCUGAGCUCUGACUCAGUUCCAUAACCUUCCAUUUGGACAGGGUUGACCUCUGACUUCUGACUCGGCCGCUCCCUAACCCUCCAUUUGGACAGGAUUGACCUCUGACCUCUGACUCAGUUCCAUAACCCUCCAUUUGGACAGGAUUGACCUCUGACCUCUGACUCAGUUCCAUAACCCUCCAUUUGGACAGGAUUGACCUCUGACCUCUGACUCAGUUCCAUAACCCUCCAUUUGGACAGGAUUGACCUCUGAGCUCUGACUCAGUUCCAUAACCCUCCAUUUGGACAGGAUUGACCUCUGACUUCUGACUCGGCCGCUCCCUAACCCUCCAUUUGGACAGGAUUGAGCUCUGACUCGGCCGCUCCCUAACCCUCCAUUUGGACAGGAUUGACCUCUGACCUCUGACUCAGUUCCAUAACCCUCCAUUUGGACAGGAUUGAGCUCUGAGCUCUGACUCAGUUCCAUAACCCUCCAUUUGGACAGGAUUGACCUCUGACCUCUGACUCAGUUCCUUAACCCUCCGUUUGGACAGGAUUGACCUCUGACCUCUGACUCAGUUCCCUAACCCUCCAUUUGGACAGGAUUGACCUCUGACCUCUGACUCAGUUCCAUAACCCUCCAUUUGGACAGGAUUGACCUCUGACUCAGUUCCAUAACCCUCCAUUUGGACAUGAUUGACCUCUGACCUCUGACUCAGUUCCAUAACCCUCCAUUUGGACAGGAUUGACCUCUGACCUCUGACUCAGUUCCAUAACCCUCCAUUUGGACAGGAUUGACCUCUGAACUCUGACUCAGUUCUGACUCAUCUGUUUUUGGAUCAGUGGUUCUUUCGCCAGAUUCCAUGUUUGGUUCAGUUUCAGCUUUUUGCCAGAUGUCGUCACACUAUGGAAAUCAUGUUUUUUGACUCAGCGAUGGCAAGUUGACCAGACCCUGCAAAAGCAGCCACCAAACCAAUAAUGCCAACCGUCGCCAUGCUUUACAGUUGGCAUGAGGUUCUUCUGUUCAAAGGCCGUGUUUAAUGUUGCAUGUGGGGACUCUAUACCUCAGUAGAGAAUGACGGUACGUGUACAUGUAGAGACCGUAUGUCCCAGAGGAUCAUGGGAAUAUAUGUCCAGGUCAUAGUAGUUGACUGUCUUAAAUGACUGCCGCCCCAUUAGCUCAUUUAGUUGUAUAAGGCCAAGCCUCUCUGGACAGCGCCACAGAUACUGCAUGUGUAGUCACUGACUGAAACAAAGCCAGGAUACUAUCUACUGAUAACUGACUACGGUCACCCUGUCUAAUGGCUGUUGGUUUAUCGACCAUGGUACUACUAUAGAUCUACAGAAGGUCACCCUGUCUAAUGGCUGUUGGUUUAUCGACCAUGGUACUACUAUAGAUCUACAGAAGGUCAUCCUGUCUAAUGGCUGUUGGUUUAUAGACCAUGGUACUACUAUAGACCUACAGAAGGUCACCCUGUCUAAUGUUGGUUUAUAGACCAUGGUACUACUAUAGAUCUACAGAAGGUCACCCUGUCUAAUGUUGGUUUAUAGACCAUGAUACUACUAUAGAUCUACAGAAGGUCACCCUGUCUAAUGUUGGUUUAUAGACCAUGAUACUACUAUAGACCUACAGAAGGUCACCCUGUCUAAUGUUGGUUUAUAGACCAUGGUACUACUAUAGAUCUACAGAAGGUCACCCUGUCUAAUGUUGGUUUAUAGACCAUGGUACUACUAUAGACCUACAGAAGGUCACCCUGUCUAAUGUUGGUUUAUAGACCAUGGUACUACUAUAGACUGACAGGUCACCCUGUCUAAUGUUGGUUUAUAGACCAUGAUACUACUAUAGAUCUACAGAAGGUCACCCUGUCUAAUGUUGGUUUAUAGACCAUGAUACUACUAUAGAUCUACAGAAGGUCACCCUGUCUAAUGUUGGUUUAUAGACCAUGAUACUACUAUAGACCUACAGAAGGUCACCCUGUCUAAUGUUGGUUUAUAGACCAUGAUAUUACUAUAGACCGACAGGUCACCCUGUCUAAUGUUGGUUUAUAGACCAUGGUACUACUAUAGACCUACAGAAGGUCACCCUGUCUAAUGUUGGUUUAUAGACCAUGAUACUACUAUAGAUCUACAGAAGGUCACCCUGUCUAAUGUUGGUUUAUAGACCAUGAUACUACUAUAGACAGACAGGUCACCCUGUCUAAUGUUGGUUUAUAGACCAUGGUACUACUAUAGAUCUACAGAAGGUCACCCUGUCUAAUGUUGGUUUAUAGACCAUGAUAUUACUAUAGACCUACAGAAGGUCACCCUGUCUAAUGUUGGUUUAUAGACCAUGAUACUACUAUAGACAGACAGGUCACCCUGUCUAAUGUUGGUUUAUAGACCAUGAUACUACUAUAGACCUACAGAAGGUCAACCUGUCUAAUGUUGGUUUAUAGACCAUGAUACUACUAUAGAUCUACAGAAGGUCACCCUGUCUAAUGUUGGUUUAUAGACCAUGAUACUACUAUAGACCUACAGAAGGUCACCCUGUCUAAUGUUGGUUUAUAGACCAUGAUACUACUAUAGACCUACAGAAGGUCACCCUGUCUAAUGUUGGUUUAUAGACCAUGAUACUACUAUAGACCUACAGAAGGUCAACCUGUCUAAUGUUGGUUUAUAGACCAUGAUACUACUAUAGAUCUACAGAAGGUCACCCUGUCUAAUGUUGGUUUAUAGACCAUGAUACUACUAUAGAUCUACAGAAGGUCACCCUAUCUAAUGUUGGUUUAUAGACCAUGAUACUACUAUAGAUCUACAGAAGGUCAUCCUGCCUUUUUCUGUCUCGCUCUCUUUCCUCCUUUCAUUUCUCUCUCAAUCUCUCUAAUCCCUCCCUCCCUUCUCGCUUUCUCUCUGUCUCUCUCUCUGUCUCUCUCUCCCUGUCUCUCUCUCUCUCUAAUCCCUCCCUCCCUUCUCUCUCUCUCUGUCUCUCUCUCUCUGUCUCUCUCUCUCUGUCUCUCUCUCUGUCUCUCUCUCUCUGUCUCUCUCUCUCUCUCUCUCUCUCUCUCUCCCCUGUCUCUCUCUCUCUCUAAUCCCUCCCUCCCUUCUCUCUCUCUCUGUCUCUCUCUCUCUCUCUGUCUCUCUCUCUCUCCCCCCUGUCUGUCUCUCUCUCUCUCUCUCUCUCCCCCCUGUCUCUCUCUCUCUCUCUCUAAUCCCUCCCUCCCUUCUCUCUCUCUCUCUCUCUCUCUCUC